CCGAUCUGGCGGCGCCGUGUCCGACACACAACCACCGAACGGAUUUCUUAUCUCGCGUGUCAUGUACUCAAACGGAUUCAAGGCAAAAUCCGCCAGUCAGCAGUUGCAUGUCAAAAGAAGCCGAAUCUGAGAACCUAGACUUUUUUUUCACUUUGACGCAUAUUUGCUUUAGUAAUGAAAAUAUAUUCAACCCAUCCAAAGAAGCACAAAGCAACGCACGGAGCUUUUACUGUGCAGUCACACACCAUUCAACACAGAGCGUUGUUGCAGUGACUGCGUGGACUCCAGACGUCCGGUUUUACUAUGUGCCUCAUUCGAAGACGAUGCAUGUUGGAGAUAAAACGCGUAUUCAACUUUAUUCGCACUCUCACGGUGCACAGCCUUGGCAAGUGAACGCAUCAGUGUUACCGCGUUCUCCAAGCCCGCGCGGCAAGUGCCGGUUUGUCUGGUGAAACCGUUCCGCUGCGCGCGCGUUGGAGAUGGAGCGAGAGCGAAGACGCGCGCUGGGCGGAAAGCUUUUUGUUCCUAAAUCCAAACGGAGCCUUCUUUUCCAAAUGGAGAGCAAAUUUGCGAACGCGAGUGUAAUGGCCAAAUAACCCGGUGCUCCCCGGAGCCCCUAUCAAAAGAAAGGCCUGCCUGUUGUUGUAGUGAUGAUUGCAACUGGAGGCGUGAUCACAGGCCUUGCAGCGCUGAAGAGGCAAGACUCCUCCCGCUCCCAGCACCACCUGCCCAUUCAAAGCCCCGCCCCUCCGUCCGAAAAGAAGCAGCCAAAACGCAAACCCCGUACGGAUGUCGUCGUGGUGCGCGGAAAAAUCCGCCUCUACUCCCCCUCCGGCUUCUUCCUGGCCCUGGGGGUUCUGAUCCUCGUGGUGGGCGUUGUCAUGGCGGUCCUGGGGUACUGGCCUCACAAGGACCACCAGAGGGCAGCAGAAAGCAAACACGGCAACAAAACGCAGAUGGCGCGGGAGCGCGUAGGCGCGGUGGCUCGGUUCUUCGAGCAGCACCUGCGCUCGGAGAAGAUGAAGAUGCUCGGACCAUUCACGAUGGGCAUCGGCAUCUUCAUCUUCAUCUGCGCCAACGCCAUCCUCCACGAGAACAGGGACCGAGAGACCAAGGUGAUCCACAUGAGGGACAUGUACUCCACCGUCAUAGACAUCCACAGCCUGAGGCUGAAGGAGCAGAGGUGCAUGAACGGUGCCUACCCGGGCCCCAGCGCCGACCACGAGCGCCGCCCCUUUGGCUAUGACGGCCAGUACGCCUCGCGGCUGGCUGCCAACACGCUGAUGACGCUGUCUGGCCUGGCCAGCGACCCGCGGUUCUCCCGUCGCACCAGCUCGGCCGAGGACGAGGAGGGCUCUUCCAGCCUGGGACCAUUGUCACCCGGAUACAAGGGACGUUCCGGAUCGAUCUUCGGCUUCCAGCCCGAGGGCGUGCACCGCUGGGAGGAGAAACGGGGCGACCUAAAGAAGUGCCAGACACGCUCCAUUGUCUCGUCGUCCAUCAGCGCCUUCACGCUUCCUGUCAUCAAGCUCAACAACUGCGUCAUCGACGAGCCCGACAUCGACAGUAUCACCGAGGACUCGGAACACCAGCAGGCCCAAUCAAGACCCCAGUCUACGGAGUCUUUAACUGUUCCAGUCCCGGAUAUCUCCAAAGCCUUCAAGCCCCCCGCUGCCCUGCUGUUCCGGAGCAAAUCCGCUAUGGAUUCCCCGACGUCCCCACCCGCGUCAGCCUCCUCGCCGUCGUCUCUGUCCCCGGCACUGAGCAGCGGCCGCUACCUGACUCCCGGGGCGGCCCGGAAAGACUUCGGUUCCAACAACUCUCUCCACAUGCUGUCGGCACAUUCCAAGUCCCUGGACCUAGAGCGCGGCGGCACCACGCUGACCGUCCAGCCGGAGCAGCGCAGGCACCCCAGCUGGCCCAGACUGGACCGCAGCAACAGUAAGGGCUACACCAGACUGGAGAACAAGGAGGACCCCAUGGACAGGCUGCUGGUGCCCCCUGUGGCCAUUAAGAGGGACUACACCAAAAAGGAGAAACUCCUCAUGAUCUCUAGAUCGCAUAACAAUCUGAGCUUCGAGCACGAUGAGUUCAUGAACAGCACUCUGAAGAGAGGGAUCUCAGAGACCAGAUUUUAAAACGAGGCUUUACACACGUCCACCCACCUGUGUACACGCACACACACACAUACACACACAGAGUUACAGUGGUUACAAAAUCCCUCUGCAAUAUAUCAUCAUUUCUCAUCGCUCACCAUUUCUGCCAUGAUUUUGUGACCUUAUGAACUCUCUCGGACUGCAAGCACAGGUGGCCAUUCCAAAUGACAUGAAGACGUAACAGAUCACAAAACCAGUUUGGAUUGAGACAUUUUAAACACCACUGAGCAAGUAAAGAGUCUCCCAGUUUGAAACCAGUCAUGGGUGUAUGGAACAGUGUAAAUAAACACCAGUGUACUAGCUGUGUGGUGUGUUCAACAUAUUUCGAUAUAUUUCUUUUGUCUUUGCUAUGUGUUGAGACAGGAACUAUGGUGUGUUUUCAGUAAGAUGUGUGUGCAUUGUUGUACCAGAGCAGUUAUUUUGCUAUAAGGUUUUAAAUAAUUUAUUGUUCAAAAAUACAUUGCUAUUUUUAAAGAAGAUUCGUCGAUGUAUUAUUUAUCUGUUUCUGAAUAAAGAUAAACUUUUCAAAUA